AUGGGUGUCUUCUCCAAUCUUCGAGGACCCAGAACUGGAGCUACCCACGACGAAUUGCCCGUAACAAAUGGCUCUUCUUCUUCGUCCCCGUCUUCUUCUCCAUCUUCAUCUAUUAAGCGAAAGCUGUCGAAUCUGUUGCCAAUAUGCGUGGCUCUAGUAGUCAUCGCCGAGAUCGGGUUUCUGGGUCGGCUCGAUAAAGUCGCUUUGGUCGAUACGUUGACUGAUUUCUUCACUCAGUCUCCGUCGCUCUCGCAGUCCCCGCCGAGGAGAUCCGACCGGAAGAUCGGAUCGCUGACGGAUAGCUGCGAGGAGUGGUUGAAGAGAGAAGACUCAGUGACGUAUUCUAGGGAUUUCACUAAAGAUCCGAUUUUGAUCUCCGGUGGUGAGAAGGACUUUAAAUCGUGUUCCGUCGAUUGCACAUUUGGAGAUAGCUCAGGUAAAACACCAGAUGCUGCCUUUGGAUUAAGUUAUCGAAAUGGAACUCUUGGUAUAAUCCGCUCCAUGGAAUCAGCACAGUACUACCCAGAAAAUGAUCUCGCACAGGCACGACGGAGAGGUUAUGAUAUAGUGAUGACCACUAGUCUAUCAUCAGAUGUUCCUGUCGGGUAUUUUUCGUGGGCUGAAUAUGAUAUAAUGGCUCCGGUACAGCCAAAGACCGAGAAAGCUAUCGCAGCUGCUUUUAUUUCCAAUUGUGGGGCUCGGAAUUUUCGCUUGCAAGCACUUGAAGCCCUGAUGAAGACCAGCGUCAGGAUUGAUUCUUAUGGUGGUUGUCAUCGGAACCGGGAUGGCAAAGUUGACAAGGUUGAAGCUCUUAGGCGCUACAAAUUCAGUUUGGCUUUUGAGAACACUAACGAGGAGGAUUAUGUAACUGAGAAGUUCUUCCAAUCUCUAGUUGCUGGAUCUGUCCCUGUGGUUGUUGGUGCUCCGAACAUAGAAGAAUUUGCUCCUGCUUCUGACUCAUUCCUUCACAUUAAGAGUAUGGAAGAUGUGGAGCCAGUUGCAAAGAGAAUGAAGCAUCUCGCAGCUAAUCCUGCUGCUUAUAACCAGACAUUAAGAUGGAAGUAUGAGGGUCCCUCGGAUUCUUUCAAGGCACUUGUUGAUAUGGCAGCUGUACACUCUUCUUGUCGCCUCUGCAUUUUCCUGGCUACGAGGAUUCAAGAACAAGAAGAGAAAAGCCCUAAUUUCAAGAAACGACCUUGCAAGUGCACCAGGGGAGGAUCAGACACAGUUUAUCAUGUUUUUGUUAGAGAGAGAGGCCGGUUUGAGAUGGAAUCCAUCUUUCUAAGGGGUAAAAGUCUGACUCAGGAAGCUCUAGAAUCUGCGGUUAUCGCCAAGUUCAAGUCUUUAAAACAUGAGCCGGUGUGGAAGAAGGAAAGGCCUGGAAGCUUAAAAGGAGACAAUGAGCUUAGAGUACACCGGAUUUACCCGCUUGGGCUCACGCAACGACAAGCUUUGUACAACUUCAAAUUCGAGGGAAACUCGAGUCUAAGUACUCACAUUCAACAUAACCCUUGUGCUAAAUUUGAGGUUGUGUUCGUGUAG